AUGGACUGUGGCAGUUUGAACGGCACACACCUCAACGGGAAGCCGAUCGGGCGCGAAGGGCGCCUGCCGGGGGAGCGCCUCCCCCUGGCCAGCCACGACGCCGUGGAGUUCGGGUCCGCCACUCGCUGCCGCCUGCGCUGCACGCCGUCGCGCGGCGCCACUGCAAGCCCCACCGUCGCCGCCGCCGCCGCCGGCAGCCCCGCGGGCGUGCGGCCGGACGGCGGCGACCCUCUCGGGGAGUGGCUGGCCGCCGGCGAGCCGCGGCGGCAGCCGCAGCCGAUGGGGGCCGGCGGGUGGCCGAGCGGCGGGCCGGGCACGGCGGGGGCGCAGCCGCCCUCGCACCAGCAGCAGCAGCAGCAGCAGCAACCCCUGCAACACCACGUUCACACCAAUCAUCAUCACCACCACCAGCAGCAGCAGCAGCACGGCAUCACUCUGCCAGACCCCUUGGACACGGGUCCUGGCGUUGGCAGCAGCAGCUGCUCCGGCGCCGGCGCCGGCCCCGCCGCCGCGCCGUCCCCCUCCGCCCCGGGCGCCGCGGCCGCAGCGACGGCCCCCGAGGAGCUGCGGUUUCCCCGCUGCGGGGUGGAGGCGGCGGCGCUGCAGCGUGUGGGGGCGGACCACCGGCGGCAGGGGCAGGAGCUGGAGGACGUCGUGUUCUGGGAGGCGCCCCUCAGGGAAAACCCCCAGGCGGCGCUCUUCUGCAUAUUUGACGGCCACCACGGCCGCGGCGCCGCCGAGCAGGCCGCAGCCCUCCUGCCCCCGCAGCUCAUAGCACACCUCCGCCGCGCCCCCGCCGCCGCCGCCGCCGCCGCCGAAACGGCCAGCGGCGCCGGCGCAGGCGCGGGGUCGCAGCUCGGCGCACCUGCUGCCGCCGCCGCCACCGACGCGGACAGCAGCGCCGGCGCCGGGGAGGGGCCGCCGCUGCUGCUCCGCGCGUCGGGCGCCGCGGCAGCGGCAGCGGCGCUGGAGGCGGCGUUUUUGGAGGCGGACGCGGCGCUAACCUCGGACGACGGCUGUACCGCGACGGUCGCGAUACUGGAGGCGGUGCCGGCUGGCGGCAGCAGCGGCAGCGGCGGCGGCGGCGGUGGGGGACGGGAUCGCGGGGGCGUGGCCCUGCAGGUCGCGAACGUUGGGGACUCUGAGGCUCUGCUCGUGGACCUGCGGGCCAGGUGGGGCGCCAAGCGUGCCCUGGCGGCUGAUGAGUAA